AUGCGAUCAUUCACUUCGCAGGCCAAGUGGGCGGAUAGACUCGUAGAUGCAUGGACGGCCUCCGGACACUGGUGCGAGGAUUCUGAGGAGUUCAUGCGCAGUUUUGCUGCUGCUCAGUCCCUUUAUGGUAGUACGCAGUCCCCCUUCAGCCAAGAAACAAUUGGGAACUUCUAUGAUGGAUCCGGCCGCUCUCGUAUUUCACUCCUUCGGAUCAUCACAACUCUAACCCAUUUUUCCGAUGCUGCUGGUGUCAAGAAUGUCGACAUCUACUCCUUAUUGGGAGUGGCGUAUCAGGCGAGCUUCAAGAUGAACCAAGAACGGAACCGCACUCAGAGUAUCUGUGACUGGCCGCUUUGGCUAGCGCGGAUAACCGAAAGCAGCUACUGGUGCGAUCCUGUCCAUGUUUCUCCAGAGCGCGUCCUAGGACCGACGGCGUUUGCACGUCUAUUAGUCGUGUUGGCGCAGCGCAAUGCACUGAACAGCAUUCAGUUCCUUCAGAGAGCGCCUGAUGGCCUUUCUCCCACGACCUCUCUUGCGCAGAUCCAGCAGAUGACGCACCCAGACAUUAUCCGGCGCUUUCUCCAUAUCUCCAUAUACCGUAUCAAAGACUAUAUGCAAGGGGCCGUGUACUUGCGCCGGGAGAUGCCCGCACGGGCUGGUGUCGUUUUCUACGGCGCUGCAGAGCUCGCAGCUGCCAUUAUUGCCUUUGUCGACCUGACAGGCGACACUUACACCCAAGCUACGGUCGGGGCCCGCCCGGCACUUGUGGUGGCGCUUGGAAGCCUCGCUCAGAUAUCUAUGCAAAUGAAGCAGUAUAAACGGACGUACUCCUUGGCUCUGACCGCUGCAGAAGUCGACGGGAAAAGCAAUACUGGGGAAAGGAUUGAUCCUAACCUCGUCGAGGUGUAUCGUCGGUUGGCUCGCGAUGCUAAGAAGGCGCUCGACUUGCAGUAGAGUGGAAAUUAGUAAGUGAUCCAGGUGUGAUUGUGCCAACCUGCGUCUUGCGUUCCUCGUGAGGAUCCAUGUUUAAGCGGUUGCAAUGUUCGUCUAAGCAUUACCCUAUCCAUUGGUACCUUUGUGGGGGCGGUCCAAACACUGGGCCACGCGAACGAGAACCAGCGCUACGCGGCUGCGCCAC